UCAGACGCGAGUUGCAUCAGUUGCAGCGGCAUUGCUUCAGGGUUUCAGGAUGUUCCGUUUGCUUGUUCUCGCUCUGGUUGUGGCCGUCGCGGCCGCGGCGCAGGACCCGGCCAACUGCAGGUGCGGCGCCUUCAUCACUCUUGACUCUGUCGAGAAGAUGCUGUACGAGCUGCCUCCCCUCGAUAUGGGCAGCUGUGACCAGCACAACAAAUGCCGCGACCGCUGCUUCAAGGAGUUCGAGGAGCUGUCUGGAGGAGGAGACUUGAACUACAUUACCUCCGAUGGCGUGACGCCCGUCGGUCAGAUCUUGUGCACGGCGUCGGGAAAGCCAGUCCAUAACGAAUAUGUGUACGCCUAUUCGGAGCUCUGCGACGGCCCCUGGGAGUGGACCGGCGACCAGACCAUGCAGCCCCUGUGCUGCAACAAGGAUCAUGAGUACCAUCCUUGCCCCGAGUAGGGAGGGGG